GUUUCCCACAAUGCCCCGCUGCAGUGCGGCCGCCGAUGGAUGCUGCGCGGCCGCGCUGCCAUUUGCAACCGCCGCGGCUCGCAGCGCGCCCCCCGGCCCCGGGAGCAGCGGCCCCCCGGCCACCGCCGCCCCCCAGCGCCUGCAGCCGCCGGCCACCCCCCGCCUGCCCCCUCCUCCUUCUCGGCCCCGCUGCCCCGUCGCAAUGAACCCCCCCGCCGCAGCCGGCGGGGAGGAGACGGGGGCGGCGGGUGGCGGUGGCUGCCGGGGGGCCGAGGGUGGUGGGGAGGCGGUGGGUGCCGCCGGGGCCCCGGAGGAGCCGGGGCUGCCGGCGGCGGAGGAGUCGCUGGAGGAGAAGCUGCGGAGCCUCACCUUCAGGAAGCAGGUGUCCUACAGGAAAGCAAUCUCCAGGUCAGGCCUCCAGCACUUGGCUCCUGUGCAUUCCCUCAACAUUGCAGUCUCCAAUGGACCUGUGAAGGAACCAAGGGCGGCCUUAGAGUGGACUGAAAAUGCUGUGAAUGGAGAGCAUCUGUGGCUGGAGACAAAUGUUUCUGGGGACCUCUGCUACCUGGGGGAGGAAAGCUGCCAAGUCAAAUUCUCAAAAUCUGCUCUGCGGAGGAAGUGUGCUGCCUGCAAGAUUGUGGUCCACAACGCGUGCAUGGAGCAGUUAGAGAAGAUUAAUUUUCGCUGCAAACCGACUUUCCGAGAAGGAGGCUCCAGAUCUCCAAGAGAAAACUUUGUCCGACAUCACUGGGUGCACAGGCGGAGGCAGGAGGGGAAAUGUAAGCAGUGUGGAAAGGGCUUUCAGCAGAAAUUCUCCUUCCAUAGUAAAGAGAUUGUGGCCAUCAGUUGUUCCUGGUGCAAGCUGGCGUUUCAUAACAAAGUCACCUGUUUCAUGCUACAUCACAUUGAGGAGCCAUGUUCCCUGGGGGCUCACGCUGCUGUCAUUGUGCCUCCCACCUGGAUCAUUAAGGUGAAGAAACCUCAGAACUCAUUAAAGACUUCAACACGGCGAAAGAAGAGAACGUCUUUUAAAAGAAAAGCCAGCAAAAGAGGCAAUGAUGAUAACAAAGGUCGGCCAUUUGUGAUAAAGCCUAUCUCCUCUCCACUCAUGAAACCACUACUGGUUUUUGUCAAUCCAAAAAGUGGAGGGAAUCAGGGCACCAAGGUUCUCCAAAUGUUUAUGUGGUAUUUGAAUCCACGCCAGGUCUUUGAUCUCUCUCAGGAAGGGCCAAGAGAUGCACUGGAGCUGUACAGAAAAGUGCCAAACCUGCGGAUUCUGGCCUGCGGUGGGGAUGGGACGGUGGGCUGGAUCCUCUCUAUCCUCGAUGAGCUGCAACUCAGCCCCCCGCCUCCUGUGGCUGUCCUUCCGCUUGGCACUGGGAAUGACCUUGCCCGCACUCUCAACUGGGGUGGGGGUUACACAGAUGAGCCAGUGUCCAAGAUCCUGUGCCAUGUAGAAGAUGGAACAAUUGUCCAGCUGGACCGCUGGAAUCUCCAGGUUGAACGCAACCCUGAUUUGCCACAGGAUGAGCUGGAGGAUGGGGCACGUAAGCUUCCUCUUAGUGUCUUCAAUAAUUAUUUCAGCCUUGGAUUUGAUGCGCAUGUUACACUGGAGUUCCAUGAAUCUAGAGAAGCAAAUCCAGAGAAAUUCAACAGCAGAUUUAGAAAUAAAAUGUUUUAUGCAGGGGCAGCCUUUACAGACUUUCUGCAAAGAAGCUCAAGAGAUUUAUCCAAACAUGUUAAAGUUGUGUGUGAUGGUACAGACCUGACUCCAAAGAUCCAGGAGCUGAAGUUCCAGUGUAUAGUGUUUUUAAACAUACCCAGGUACUGUGCUGGCACAAUGCCCUGGGGAAACCCUGGAGAUCACAGAGACUUUGAGCCUCAGCGCCAUGAUGAUGGCUACAUUGAAGUCAUUGGGUUCACCAUGGCCUCGCUGGCUGCUCUCCAGGUGGGUGGUCAUGGAGAGAGGUUGCACCAGUGCCGUGAGGUGACACUUUUAACAUACAAGUCUAUCCCCAUGCAAGUGGAUGGUGAACCAUGUCGAUUGGCUCCCUCACUCAUUCGGAUCUCCUUAAGGAACCAAGCCAACAUGGUGCAGAAGAGCAAGAGGAGAACAUCUAUGCCUUUGCUGAAUGAUAUCCAUAAAGUGCAGUCUGCUGACCUGAGGAGAGUCUCGGCUCCCCCUGAUUCCUUCACUGUUCCUCAUUCCAUCCCAGAUCGCCUGCGGAUCAGAGUGAACAGGAUUAAUUUACAAGAGUAUGAGGGGCUACACUACGACAAGGAAAAACUCCGAGAAGCUUCCAUUCCCUUAGGAAUUAUAGUUGUACGAGGAGACUGUGACUUGGAGACCUGUCGUAUGUACAUUGACCGUCUACAAGAGGACCUACAGUCAGUAACUUCUACUACACAGAGAGUUCAUUACCAGGACCAAGAAAGCUCUUUCCCCAGAGUACUUUCCGUUCAGAGGCUGUCUCCCAGAUGGUGCUUCCUAGAUGCAACUUCUGCUGAUCGUUUUUACCGCAUUGACAGAUCUCAGGAACAUUUGCACUUUGUGACGGAAAUUUCGCAGGACGAGAUUUUUAUUCUGGACCCAGAACUGGUAAUGUCACAGCAGGUGGGGACACCACCAGGAAUGCCUGAUCUGGUAGUGGAGCAGGCCUCUGGAAUAUCAGAUCGGUGGAACCCUGCGGUUCGGAAGAGGAUGCUGAGCGACAGCGGCCUUGGCAAGAUUUCCCCUCACUACGAGGUACCUGACAAACAAAAGGACGCCAGCCAGACCCAUAUGCUGCAGUCACCAGUCUCUUCAGAAGAUCAAGUUUUUCACAAAAUCUUCCUGUUUGCCAUCUACCAUCUGCUGCCAGGAUCUGGCUUUUCAGCACUUUUACAGGCAGUCAUAGCUGGUGAUCUGCUGAAGUUCAUAGAAUGCUGUAAAAAAGGAGCCAAUUUGUUAAUCCAAGGACCUGAUCACUGCUCCUUGUUGCACCAUGCUGCCAAGACUGGGCACAGUGAGAUUGUGAAAUACAUCCUGGAGCAUGGUCCAUCUGAAUUACUGGACAUGACAGACAGUGAAACGGGUGAGACAGCAUUACAUAAGGCAGCCUGCCAGCGCCAUCGCACUGUCUGCCAGCUCCUGGUGGAUGCGGGAGCCUCUCUGAGAAAGACGGACUCCAAGGGUAAGACCGCUCGUGACAGGGCUCAGCAAGCUGGUGACCCAGAUCUGGCCUCGUACCUGGAGAGUCGACAGAACUAUCAAAUGGUUUCCCAUGAGGAUCUGGAGACAGCAGUCUGAUGUCUGAAAAUGUUCAGGAGGUUCCUUGGAAAUCGCAACGCUGCACCUGAGGCACUGGGGCAUCGUGUGAGGAAGAAGCUGAUGGAAUCAACAUGUCUCUCACUCUCGUGGAAAAUACCUGAGGACAUGCCACCAGUUUCUAAGGGCUACUGAGUCUUGCCACGGAACAGUUAGGUUCCAUAAGUUAGCCCAUGAUGGAUGAGGUGGGACACUCAAAGGUCUGUGGAAUCCAUGGGCCACGGAAAUUUACCUUUAUUGCUUCCAGCAAGUAGCAUGAACUUCUCCCAUGUUCAUCUGUACAAUUUAUGUAAAAAAAAAAAAAAAAAAAAAAAGAAAAAAAAAAGAAAAGAGAAAAGAGGGUGUGGGGGAACCAAACUAACUGGGACAUUAAAAUACCCAACCAGGCCCCCUCCAUCCCUACAGUUUCCUGCAUUCCUUUUAUUCUCCCAUUCCCCUCACUUCUCAUCAGUUAAAUCAUGUGUGUUAUCUCUAUGUUAAGUCUUCACAAAUGGUCAGGCAGUAGCAAAAAUUUUGAGGAGCUCUGGAUGCCCUUAGGAAAAACCCAGUGUUUUUACCAGUUGCAUUCCCUCCCCUGCCAUCCAUCCUCUUGGAAGCUGCAUUGUCAGUGCCCAGUCACUGGGGAGUUUUCUCACUUUUGGAGAGGACUCUGCCUAUUGCCUUGUUUCCCAGGGUGUGGGGCACAGUCAGAUUUACAGCGGUAACAAACCCUAACCUCCUCGUUGUUGCUGGGUUGUAUGGUUACAGUGUCCUCAUGAGACAGUCUUUUUUAUGGGAAGGAGCUGUAUGGGAUACACCACGUUGUAUUGCAGAGCAGAAAGUUACCAAUAACAUUUCUCACACCACCGUUGUGCACGUAAUGACUGACCUGAUUCUGCUUAGUUUUCAGGCCUGCCAAAAAGCUGAUAGCUAUUUUUCACUACUUAAAAGACGGGGUUUACACUGAAAAGAGCUCUGUGCAAGGUGGAAAGGAUUUGGAUGGACUGACUUAUGGACCCAGUCCCCUUUGUGUUAUGAUCAGGGGACCUAGAGCAUCAGCAGUCAGCCUGGGCUUGCUGCUGUCAACAAGCAAACGAGCACCACCCCAGUUACAUUGGGCAUAUGAAAACCUUCUUUGGCUGAACCUGUAAACUACCUGAUUCCCGAAGGCAGCAAAGUUCCAGAGAGGCUAUGAUGAGUGGCACCUCUUUGCCUUGUUACCAACUAUAGGCUUGGAAACAUAGUGUUGCUUAGCCACUGUAAAGGCCAGCCGUGUCUUCUGUACUCAUCUGUUCUGUCUUACCUCCAAGAUUAUAAACACAAAAGAAGACAAAGCAAACACAUACACACAGGCGUACAUAAAAUGUUUGCCUUUCAAUCAAUACAGACAACUUAGCUGCCAGAAAUAGCAGAGCUUCCACUUUGUCUGACCAGUUUCCAUGAAGACACUCACGGCCCACUUUUGGCAUAAUUCUUGCAAUAGAUUUUUUACUUUUCUUUGUUGUUUCUUGUGAAAGACCCACCUAUGUAUGUUUUUAUGCACCUUGCUAGGUGUAGGUCUGUGGUAGAUGGUGAUCAUCAGGAUUACAUACAGUUUGGAAAAUAACUCAGGUCAUUACUCAGAUAAGUUUUUCUUCCUUGGUAGAAGUUGUGGAAAUGAAAUUAAUGCAAUUCUUUUCUUUUCCUUUUUCUUUUUUUUUUUUUCUUCUUCCCCACCCCCACUCCCCACCCCCCAAGAGUGAUUGUCGUGGCAGAGAGGGAGGAGCUGAAAUAUAUUUUUUAUUUUUUUCUGUUUUCAAGACUUCAUUUGAUAUGAGCAAAGUAUUGCUUUAGUGUUUCUUCCUCUGGAAGGAAUCUAUAUAUAUAUUUAUAAUCUAUAGAUCAAUGGCGACAUGAAAUGUAUUUUGUCUUAUUUUCUGGUUUUGCCAUUCUUUUUAAAAAAAUAAAAUAUGAAAGCCAAAUUCCUUCCCUUGGUAAUCAUCCAGGGGCUUGUGACAAAGGUCAGUAUGUGUAUAUAUUAGAACAGAAUUUGGCAAAUGUUAAAAUAACAAAUCAAGUAUAAUUUUGGUGUAUGUGAAAUUUCCACAAGGAAGAGCCUCACACUCUGGUUUCAUGGUAGGCUUUGCAUCAUUUCUCAGCUGUGAGGGAAGACAUUACUGUAAUAUUUCUAUAUAUUUGAUGAAAAUAAGAAUUAUAUUAGUAUCAGUUUUAUCUUUUCGCUUUGUUUUACUGAUGUGAGAAACAGAGAAAGCUUCAGCGACACCAGGGGCUUGGUGCUGUCCUGUGCUCAGGCCAGACUGGUGCCUAAGCAGAGGAUGGUCAGUGAGUCUGUUGCAGCUCCCUGGUCCUUUAGUCCCACGAAGCAGGUGGAGCAGUAAAGGCUUGCUCUGAUCACAGGUAGCUUCCAUAGGCCACAUGUGAAUUAUGAUAAGGGAGCUGGGUCUGGUUCCUCUCUGUCCGUAGUGGUCCUCCCCUCGGUGGGACAUCCCUUCUGCCCAGAGGGAGGCUGCAGCUGGGGCUGGCUCUGGAGCAGCUUGGCAGGAUGGGCAGAUUUCCUGAGCUCCUUUGCGCCAUUCGUGCUGCUCAAAGGAGCUCAGAACACAUGAGAGAGUCUGGCUUGCCUUUUUCCCCGAAAGCUGGAGUAUGAUCAUAGUGAGCCUGUUGUGCCUCUGGAAAGCUGCCUGUGCCGUGUGCUCAGUAGGAGGCAGUUACUGUAUGAUGAAAAUAAAUGCCAGCACUGCAAUUAGGACAGGAGCUGGUUGUAAGUAGUGCCUUUAUUAUUCAAGGUGUCCCAAAGCACUGCACACAUAAUGCAUUAGAUACAGGCAAUGUAUUGUAUUUGUAGAUAACAGAGCAUAUAUAUUGUUUUCUGCAAUGUCGCUCACACAUGGCCAGUGGUAUCAGGAGCUGGUUCACUGAGGGAAGGAGUUUGGGACCAGGAUGCUGCAGGAUUAUUCCUUACCCCCUUUCCAGUGCAAUGGGAUUCUCGAUUUUGGACGGCCACCAGCAGCAGGCAGACUCUGCAUCAUAAAGGUGACACGUACGUAUUGAAUCUCUUGAGUACUUUUGGGGUCUAGCUUAGUACAGUACCAUUGUGCCUGCAUUGUGCAGGGCCCAAAUUUCAGUGUGCAGCUGGGAACCCACUUAAAUUACACGUAAAACAUUUUGAUUUACUAAAAGCGUCUCUUUGGCUGUGUCUAUUUAUGUGUGUAUAUUACUAUAUAUAUGUAUAUUUAUAAAUAUCAGUAUGCAUAUAUAUAGACACACACACAUGCACACACACUUAGAAUUAUGCCAUUUGAAUGACAAAGUACCUAGGGAUGCUCAGCUACUGAGGUUGCUGGACUGACGAAAUGUCAUUUUCCAUUUUAAUUUUUUAUUAAAGGGGACCCUUUUCAGUAGAACUGAGGAACUCCUGAAUUGUUCCAUUGUACUGGUUUUACUAUCUCAUUUUGGAGUUAAAUGGAGGGAAAGAAAAUAUUUAUAAUGUUGAUAAAAUAAACUUACUUUUGUAAUUUAAUAGCAUCAGUUACUCUUAUUAUUUCAUGUUUCAAUGCUAGAGGUAUCUUUAUGUGUUAUCCAAGACUUGAUGAUGUCAUACAUUUCUCAGUAAUUAUAGCAUCCCUUGAUAUUGUGAGGUGUGAGGCUGAAUGACUCAAGUAAGACAGGAGUUCAAGGCAAAUUUUGCCCCUUGCAAAACAGACCUCAGACUCCAGUGGCUCUUUUACCAUUCCACAUGAUGGCUUGUCUGUGUUUUAGUGCUUUAAGAUGUAUGCAGGUGUUUUUACUGACACCUGUCACCCCUGCUUUUCCCCAGCAGCAGUAGAAUUGCUCGGUUUCAACUCAUGAUGCUGUAGCCUGGAUUCAGACUACAUGAGAUGUCCCCCGCUACAUGAGGGCUGUCGUACAGAAGCACCACUGACAAAGAAAAUAGAACAAAAUUGAUGUUUUGUUGCCAUUGAUCUUCCCAGCUGUAUUUGCAGAGCUGAUGCUGUUGUGGAUGAAUAGAUGAGACAUAUGGUUUUUCUAAUGGUGUGGCUGUGGGAUGUUUGUUUGAGUAGUAUUUAGUGGCCUCUUUUGCUCCUUUUUGUCUUUGUCUUUGCUGUGACAGUGACAUAUGUGGUAGUGAAAGUCACAAAUGCACAACCUCACCUAGAAGCUGGCUAUUUUCCUUUCAGCCAUCCCAGGUGGCUCCUGUAGGGUAUGCUUAUGUGUUGACCCUUCCAGUGUAUCAAAAGCAUGUUGACGUGAUCUGACUCUGGGCAAGUGCUAUGGAAUGGGCAAGGUACGUUGUUAGCCUUAAGCUUGCUGGGAGUUUAAUGGUACAUGUAUGGACAUACCGGGAAUUUGGAUGCCUUGAAAACACACCAAGGACAAUUCUGUCCUUGUACUCCAUGUACUCCAAGAAGGAAGCAGUUCCUCGUGAUGAUCCGUCUGAAGUCUGUCAUUUUCUUUGCCCCACUUUUUGCGACUUUUGAACCAGACUAACAUCCAUGGAGGAGUGUUUUAUAAAAAUGGCAUUUAGGUUUGUUGGAAGUAACAUUUCUAUCUUCAUUAUACCUAUUCUUUUCCAUUCACCAGACAAUAUUUCCUCUCUUUAUUUUCCUCACUAAAUCUGAGCCAAAGCAAUGUUGUGUUAUUAGCUCCUUAAUUAAUCUAAAGAAUCAAAUGUGAGUAUUUAUCAGUCAUUUCAGCAGUCCUGGGAGCAGCGGAUCAUAUGCCUGUGCCUUUCUGGAUACCUGUGAAGCUAUAGGCCACAGUAUUAACAGGGUUCACUGUGGUACUCAUCUCAUUUUGCUAUCUUAACAACAAUGUAAGCAACUAUUUUUCUUAGUAAUAGAUAGCUACAGCUUUAAAAUCCCAUCAUCUGUCUACCAAAAUCUGUUGAUUGCAUCGUCAACUCAGUAAUGUGCUAGAAGUAACUUGCUAGCAUACUGAUGAGGUGCAGGAUGUUAUGUGGAAGAUGUGUCUCAAGCUUCAGUGCUUUAACUCCCUUUAGAAGGGGCAGGAUGCAGCUCAUGGCUGCAAUAUGGAGAUGCCUCAAGAGGAGCUGUACCCCAGCCCUGCAGGCAGCUCUUGGGGUGAGCAGAACAUCUAGAGGAGUCAGGGUGUCUUGGCUUUUGCUGAGGAGUUACCAGUACGGACAGACUGCGACAGCUCCGCACUUGGCUUGGGCUGCUGAAAAGCAGGCCAAGUACUUCAGCAGUUUCUCACUUCUAAUUCUAUGUAAAAGCUGGCUGGGGAGGGAAGGACUACCCAACAGUCAGAGCAGUGACCAUGGCUAAGUGUGCUCCAAGCUGUGCCAUGGCGCCAUGCUUGACUGGGCUGCCUACCUGAGAUCCCCUGCAGGCACCAGGGCUCAGGGGCCUCCCUCUCCCUCCCCGGCAUGUUUCCAGCACUGCUGCCCAUGUGGUGCCCACGGAGAGUGGCCUUCUCUCGUCCCCUGUAUAUGCGCACUGGGGCAACACCCACACACACCUUGGCCAAGGGAUUUCCUGGCCCACAUAUGGUGCUGUUCCUGCAAAAGGGGAAAAUUCCCUCCCUCAGGCCUUGAUCACACCAGUAAAUUCAUUACAUUUGACUUCAGUGAUUAGGCAGGCUUAGAGCUGAAUAACAUUACUGUAUUCAGCCCUCAGAGUGCAUCUUGUCUCCUGCCGUAUUUAUAAGGUGCCACAUUCCAGUCUCAGCUGCAGUUUCUUGUUUCUCAGACUGCUGGGUUUGGGGUUUUUUUUGUUGUUGUUGUUGUUGGUUUUUUUUAAGAAAAAAAAAGAAAAGACAAGCUAUCUUAUGCAGCGCACAUGUAUCUAGUUACCCAGCAAGUGGGGAAGACAGGCAGCUUAUUUUAAAAACUUCUCAUUCUGACAUAGCACGUGAUGACUGCUGAAGUUUAAGCAGGGGAUGCCUUGCAACAAAAACAUUUGUUUCAACAUAAAUACAUCUAUAAUUCAGGAAAUAAUUUGAUGCUUAACCCUCUAAAAACAGCCAACUUGUGGUCUUGGAUCCUUUACGAGGAAGAGAUUUUUGGGAAUCUAAGAAGGCAGUGAUUCUCUUGACAGGCACAUACAAGAAGGUGAAUAUCCAAGAAAACGGAAGACUAACUUCAGAAAUUUCUUUCUAUUAUGUUAUGCUCAUCCACACUAGAAACAGAGCCCUGAUCUGGGAAUGCUAUUUCAGAGUUCACCAGUAUCUUAACAGCUCCAGCAUUCAUAUACAAAGUGCAUAAAAGCUGUAGCAUUUUGACAUGCAAGAAAUAAGCACUACUUUUAGCAAUAUAGUGCUACAUAUGUAAUUGCUUCAUUUAGAGCCAGCCUCCUUUUGCUAGCAAAGUGUAACACCUGGCUCUUCAAUUAGUCCCUGUCUAGGAGGCUGCUUGAUGUGUAACCUACUACUCAGUGAAGUGUGCGUGGUGGCAAUCCAGUGCUCCAAUAUGACAAGUGCUGCAGCAAUUAUCUAGCUACUAAUGCAUGAACCACAGUAGCAAUUCAUUUCUUAGUGCUACACUUUAUUUUAAUGAGAAAAAUGGUCUUCCAGUUCCACCUGCCAUAAUGAUCUCCAGUUAAUACUUUUUCCUCAGCCUACCACCAAGCAGAGGAAGAAGACCGAGGAAGAAGGCUGUCCCUGUUCCUACAUGUAUUCAGGAAUUCAGCUCCUGUCUAAGAACCGGUUAAGCUUGUAGGUGUGGAGAAGAAGCUCAAGAAGCUCUUGAGCCUGAUACAGCAGACAUGAGUGAUUUCUACUUGGCUAAUUAGGCUUUAAUAGAUAGUCCCACUUUUCUAGGGCUUUUUUUCCUGUAAGACAUUCAUACAAAAAAUGAAAGAAGGCAAAAUUAGAAAAGCAAAGGUAAGCUGGCCCCUGGGAAUGGGGACCCUAUGGAAUGGUUUCCAUAAGCAUUGCUGUUUUCUGGGUAGAGAGUUGCAAUGCUAGCUGUUGAAUAUCACUGUAAUGUGUAAUUAUGUAAGAUAAUUAGGUGUAUCUACUUUUAAUAAAGUGGAAUGGGUGGAUUUCUUCUCCAAGCUUGCUGCUCCCAAUAUUUAAGACAUUUAGCUGCAGGGGGUAUUCCAUUCCUGCCCCCACAGGGAUCACACUGCACAGGCUGGUGGGGCACAUCCUUCUAUUUGCACAUCUUGAGGCUUCACAACGUGGGACCUGAGCCCCAAGUUGUGCAAUGACACUUCUCCCUGCUUUGUAUCCAUACUGGUAGUUUUCCUUUCAAAUGAAUGGGAACAAUGCCACAUCAAAAGAAAUUAUGGCUAUGGGGCACAAAGUGAAAUAGCUGUUUUUCUUCUCCUGUUCCCCACUUCAGCCCUUUUUUCCCCAGGGCCAGUGUUUUUUUCCUUGAUGAGAAUGGGAAAACUGUUGUUGAUGUGCCUGUCUUAAUAGGAGAUAUGUGCAGUUGCAAGUUGUCUCCUCCUGUGGUCUUGCUACUACAGUAAAUACUGUCCUUAUCUCCAUGGUAUAUGGGAGAUGUACGUUCAUGUCAAAGCUAAGAACAAAGUGAGCUUGCUGGCAGCUAAUAACAGGAAGGAAAUAGAACAUAGUUUUAUUUAAAUUUGAUCUUAAAUAACUUUUAGUGCUCUUUGCUUUUCCUUCCACUUUUUUUUUUGCUCUGUCCUUUUCAAACCUUCGUUACUGAAGUCUUUAUUCUUUGAUCACCUCUUCUUUCCUUAGCUCAUGCUACCUUCAUUUUUGACUGUAAAGGUCAAAAUCCUGUUCGUGUGCUUGCCUCUGGGACACUUCUGCUUGGCCAGUCACAGAUGGCUGGAUCUCCUCUGACCAUGCCUAGCUAUGGGUAGGGAAUAUUGAAAUUCUGCUGUACUAGGAAUUAGUUGGAUGUGCAGCACUAAAGUCACCUCUGAGGGUGGCUGUAAAAUCCCAUGCUUAAGCAGAUGCGAAACAUGAUGGACUUGGGCAUUUCACACCUGUGGGAUUGAUUUCAACCUUUUCAGACUUAAUUUUAAUAUCAAUAGGAAAAAAAAAAUUGGGGGGGUCUACUCCCAUGUUCCUUCCCUUUGUGAUUUUCCUGUUAAAUAUUCUUUGCCUGGGAAAAUGUGAUUGUGUUGCUCCAUGAUGUGCUUGCAAGAUGUGGCGGCUGCUUCCAACUGGUGAGCAAGUGUGCUGGUGUCUCCUGUGAAGUGGCUGGCCCUGCUACUGUACGGUUUUCUGCUCAGCAUGUAUCUCAGAAAAAUCACAGGGAGAUAGCAGAGGCUUAUCAGGUUUUUUGUUCCAUUUACAUGUCACUACAGAGUGAUUCUCCUCCAUCUGCCUCCUUUGAUCAUGCAACAGCUUUGGGAGAAAAGAAAAUAAGUGGCUGAGCCUUCAAAGCACUAAGCAGCUCUUGGGAGCUUUGUCUCUCUCCAGCUUAUUGCUGCUCCUCACAGAUCGGGGAAGAGGGAAAGGGGGGAUGCCUUAUGUGCAGAAAGAUCCACCCAUCACCUUACUGGAAAACGUAACAACUCUUUGGAGGCUACCUAUUCCAGACACCCCUCCAUGUGCCAGGUGGAGUGUAAAAUACUUACGGAUACCAGUAAGUGUGCAGGAGCUGCCUGCCUUUAAUAAGGGCUCUUCCAAACUCUUUUUGCUUUCUCUUCCUGGUGCUGGGGCAGGGGCAGCCCUGGGAUGGGGAUUCCUGCCUGUUUCCACUCAGAGCAGCUGGUGUGGGACUGCCCUUUGUAACGGGUGCCCUCGAGCUGCCCUCACACCAUGGGUUGCAUACGCUCUGUGUCCUGGAACUCUAUUUGAAAAUAAAGUAAUCAAGGGUUAAAAUCCCUUUCCAAAUGGGCUUGGGAGCUGCCAGCCUUGGCUGCUGGCCCAUCAGGGUGCAGUGCAUUGGGGAGGGCAAUAUGGAAUAUGACUGCCAGCCUUUCUCUGUAGAACUCUCCACAAGGUGAAACGUGCUCUCACAGUGGGAAAUAAAGGUUAUUUUUCUUCUGCCUGUAUUAUUUUGUGCUGUAAACCCUGUGCCAGCUUUUUGGAAGCAGGAAGCUUUUGAAAGAUUGUGGAAAGUCUAGCCAAUGAUACAGCUGAAGACUGGUGUUCUGUGUCGCCCACACAAACCUUCUGGCCAUCUGUGGAGGUUUCAGUGUCCUCUCCGAGUCAGCCAGCAGAACAUUUUGCUACAAAUGCUCCAGGCCUGCUUUGUGCUACUGUUACUUUGCUUCUGCACAGCUUUUAGAACAGCUAUGGCCUUACAGCCUUGCAUUGGGAAAAAACCAAGAUGCGUUGUGGGGAAACAUCAUUUUCCUAUGGACACAAACACUAUCAAGCUGCAAGUGUGUGCUAAUGAAAAUGCGAUGUGUGUAAGGACUGAACCUGGUCUGUGAGACUGUCACUGCUGGCUCAGUGAGGAUUUACUCUGAGCAAGAACUGACCUGUUGUUUUAUUGCAAAUCUUAAAGGUUAUGCAAAAAAUGAUCACUAUUUAAUAAUAUAUUUCUGUCUUAUGACAGUUUGCAAGUCUAACUGUGUGUCACAUUGUUGUGUCAGAGAACAGGGAAAACACUUGCUGUGUGUUAUAAUUUGUCAGCAUGUCUCUCUGGAGGUACUGUGGCCAAAGGGAGAGAGCAGAAGGUAGCAAAUCAAGGGUUGAAGUUUUAUUUCUGCCACUGUCAUUGAGUCAGAUUGGAUAAGUAAUUUUAAAUUCCUUUGCCUCAGUGGCCUUAUCUGUAAAAUGGGGAUAAUAUCACCUCCCCAUACCUACAGAGUAAGGCGCUUUGUGUUGUGAGGUCAAAAACUGCUGUAUAUUAACUAUUUAUGAGUUUUCUGUCAUGCCUUGUAACGUUGCUCCCAUAUAGUAUCCUGCUUCUUUUGGAACUAUUUUUUGAAGGAUGGUGGGAGUAGCCCUGUCCCAUGGUUUUUAGUUUAGAUGGCUUAAAUUGAGAUAAUAAAGAGUGCUGAGGAUGACAAGUUUCUAAUGUGAGCUAGUUUGCACUUCUCAUGCUUGAUUACCACGUUUGAGCUAUCUUGCAUUAAAAAUUUUAACUCAGGUGGUAUUUCCAGUCAAUGAAAGCUUUCGGGUUGUUGCCCUCCCUCCAGAGAAUAGAAUUUGCUGAAUUUUAGAGCAGUUGUAUUCCAUCAUACUGAGUUCAUUGAGCACAGAGUGUUUCAUUUGGGAGAGCCCAUCUCAGAAAUACCUCUUUCUGUCACCUCUAUCCUAUCAUUGAGGUAUCACAGUAUCUUUUCCAGCAGCCCAGAAAUCACCACUUGAAUUUGUUGAUGCUAAAGGUUUCUGGGGAAUGAAGCCAAACAUCUGAGGAAGCAAACCCUCUGGCCUUCACACUAGUAUCUCCUCUGGCCACUUGGCAAAUGAGACAUUAAAAUUGAUAAGUAACAAGGACAACGGUUAGCUAAGAGUUAGGAAAUUGGAGGUGUCUCCUGCGAAAAAGGAACAAGGCUAAGAAGUUGUCAUCAUGUGGGAUGGUGAUGUGAUGAACAGGCUCCUGAUAGAAAGGUUGAGUUUCCGUCAGGCUAUAUAGUGGAUAUUCACUUGCUGCUUCCUGGAGACGAUGCAGGAAGGAUAAAGAACAGAUCCUGAUCUCCUCUGCACUGAAUUCACUCCAGGUGAACCAAGAUGUGACAGAGGACAGAAUCUGGACCACUCCAUAAUGUAUGUAGUUCUCUGAAUAGAGCAGUAAAACCAAAUAACAAAUGCGCAUAUUCAGCCAGCAUUUCAUGGGCAUCCAGAGUUCCAGUAUUUGUACAUAUCCUAUUAUCUGAACCCACAUCUGUUCCAGGAGUUGUAAUAACAUCACAAAGGGCUCUUUUAUGCUGCCUGACCCCAUGCAUAAUGCCCCAGAGCUGUGCAUCAUGAGGCUGCCAGCUGGCAAAAGGAAUCCGAGGCAUGCAGCAGCACCCAUGAAAUGAAGCUAUAUGUUUAACAGAGAAUCAGGGUCCAGGUAAUCAGCAGUGAGAGGGGGAUAUGGGAAAGGGGAGGGAUUUUUUGUAACAAAGUGAGAAAGUAUUUUCUUCCCUGAUUUUCUUGCAUUUCCUAUUUAUACAAAGUAUCUUGAUCACUGUGUUGCUAAACAAGGAGAUUUUAAACUGAGGGAAGAAGGAAAUCUGUAUACGGUGAAAGAGCUGAUUACUGUUCCUUUUGGACACUUUUUCUGUAUUGUGACUUGUGUGGAAAUGUACAGAAUAAAA